AUGGCCCGGAAGCAGCGACUCAAGGCCACGACGGCAGCUCAAGGCAUUGCCGUGGUAGUAGAGAGUCAACAACAAACCGAUGGGUGGAGAGCCGUGAACCGGCGAUGCCGGAGGUGCCUCGAUACAGCAGCGGUGGGUCAACCAAACUUGACGCGUGUCCGCAAUGGCAGGGCCGUAGAUGGUGACCCGGUGAAGCAAUGUUGGUCUGCGGCGGCGACUCAUGGAGGUAGAAACAGCCGGCGCGGCUGGCAACUUGCGAGGCGACGUUUUGUUUUGGACGCAAUCGGCGACGACGGCUUGAUGUCGUACCCGCGGAGCGCGCCGGCAAGGGCAACUCAGGCUUGGCCGGUUCGUCGAGGCCGUGGUGGUGCAGGCGCUCAGAAGCGGAAUAGGCAAAGGGUGCAAGGCCAGACUCGGCCAAGUGCAGCGGCAAGGUUGAGCACCCGGUCCGGCAUCUUAGAGAGCAGGCGGCGGCUCAUGGUAGCGGCAGUCCACGGCAGAGGUGACUCGACGGCGGAAAGGCCAAAACGGAAGUUUAGGCACACCGGCGAGGACGACCAAGAUGGGGCGCCGGAGCGAGGCGCCGAGAGCCGGCGGGGGUUCGGAGUCGGUGUAGGCCGCGGCGGUAGGGGCAAUAGAGGCGCAGAGGCGGCUUAG